UUGACAUUUCUUGUUAUUGAUUAUUUUGACUUAACGUUAGUGGGAGUAGUUGUCAAAUUGAAAGAACAAAAUUGAAGGUGGAGAUGUUUGUAAAUUGUUGAAAUCAUGAUAAUGUUGUGAUUAUUAGAACUAUUGAACAAUUGGGCCAAUCUGCAGCUGAAUAAGUAAAACUCUCCAUCAUGAUGUCUGCUGCUGGUACUCCCUCAUCGGACCCUUGGGUAAUAUUACAAAGGGAAAGAUUGAGGUACGAAGAACAAUUUCGCUCUCUGAAACCGGUCAAUGGAAUCAUAACUGGCGAACAAGCAAAAGGAUUUUUCCUUCAAUCACAGCUGCCCCCCCUUAUAUUGGGUCAAAUCUGGGCAUUAGCAGACACAGAUUCAGAUGGAAAAAUGAAUAUUGAUGAAUUCUCCAUAGCUUGCAAAUUGAUCAACCUAAAAUUACGUGGUUAUGAUGUUCCUAAAAUGCUCCCACCUACACUUCUUGCUUCUCUUAAAGCUGUUUCUACUCCAGCUAUCCCUCCUCUACCAAAUGCAGCUUUGAUUAACGCACCACCUCGACCUGAUCCUCCCAAAAUUCCACCAGUGACCACACAACCACUUCACACUAUGUCCCAGCCAGUACCUAACUUACUACCAAAUUUAACAACAUCCAAUCCUUCAACUACCACCACUUCUGACAAUGGUCUGAUGCAGCAACCUCUAAUUGGGAAUUUCCAUCCUUCCUCAGGUAUUGUACCAACUGGUAUUGUUACUCCAAUGCCCUCUGUACCUUUGAUGCAGACCUCUGUUCCUUUGGUGCAGCCCUCCAUUCCUAUGGUGCAGCCAUCUCUUCCUGCUGCUGUAGCUCCAAGACAACCAGUUAUGCCAACUAUGCAGUCUGCCACUCAACCAGCUGUUGGAACAGUGCAGCCAUCUAUUGCUACUAUACAACCUACAAUGGCCUCCCUACCCUCUUCAAUGAAUAUGAACCAACCCUACAUUGGCACUGUACCUCCAAUACCCCCCCAGCCUCUCAUUCCUGGGGCCAUGGCCCCAGGAGCAGUGCCGCUUACAAAUGCUGGAGACGGUUUACUUUCUGGAGGAUUGAAAGGCAUGAGUGCAGCUCCUGUGCCAGCAGUUGGCGACACAUUGCCAAACAUGAUGCCCCCAAGUAUACCACCAGCUCCGAUUGCAUCCAGUACUCCAAGGGCGAGUGUGACCAGCUUAGAUAAGGCUGCGCCUAUUGAAUCUCCCCAAGCAGAAUGGACUGUUCCACACCAAACAAGAUUAAAAUAUACCCAACUGUUCAACACUACAGAUCGUACAAGGAGUGGAUUUCUGUCUGGAGUUCAAGCUAGAAAUAUAAUGAUUCAAAGUAAACUCCCACAAAAUAUUUUAGCACAGAUUUGGUCAUUAUCUGAUAUGGAUGCCGAUGGCCGUCUUAGUUGUGAAGAAUUUGUUUUGGCCAUGCAUUUAUGUGAACAAGCUUCUGCUGGACAUCCAAUUCCGGUGAAAUUGCCACUCGAUUUGAUACCUCCCUCUUUCAGAAAAACAACUAGGGCACUCUCGAGGACUGCUUCUAUUUCAAGCCAAGGGAGUGCUCCUCAGGAAUUAGAUCCUGCUUCAACUCUUCUUCAAACAUCAUUUGAGGACAAGAGGAAAGAAAACUUUGAGAAAGGUCAAGCUGAGUUGGAGAGAAGGAGAAAGCAGCUUUUAGAUCAACAGAGAAAAGAAGCAGAGGAGAGAGAACGAAAAGAAAGAGAGGAAAUAGAACGAAGAGAAAAGGCUAGACAAGAAGCAGAAAGAAAAAGACUAGAAGAAUUGGAAAAACAGAUGAGAGAACAGCAAGAACAAGAGAGGAUCAAGGAGGAAGAACGAAAAAGACAAGCAGAGCAGAGAGAAGCAGCUAGAAAAGAAAUGGAAAGACAGAGACAGCUGGAGUGGGAAAAACAACGACUGCAGGAGCUCCAACAACAACGACAACGCGAACAAGAGAACGUGUUGAAACUGAAAGCUAAAAACCAAAGCCUUACAAUAGAACUUAGUACACUCAACGAACAAGUGAAAGAUUUGUCACAAAAAAUAUGCGAUACCCGAUUAGGCGUUUCCAAUGUGAAAUCCACAAUUGAUGGAAUGAGAACCACAAGAGAUACCCAAAUGCAGGAAAUGUCGCAAUUGAAGAAUAAACUGAAAGAACAGAAUGCAAAACUUCUAGCGCUUUCCCAAGAAAAGAUCAAGCUGGAAGCAAGAAAUAAACAGAAUCAGUUGAAUGGAGAAUCGGAUAAGGUCGCUUUCGAGAGUAGGGAAAUCAAUAUAAAAAAUUUGAGGGAAAAGGUAGCUGACAUGCAAGAACAAAUUAAGGGCAAAAUGUCGGACAUCGAGAAUAAUAAUAGUGUUCUGAACAACUUGAAAAGUGAUCUGCAGAAAUUAGUCAGUGAAUGUGAGACUCUCUACCAGACCUAUGAACAAAAGAGGGACGUUGUUCUCGAUAUGAAGAAAGCCACGAAAUCUGUGGAUUACAGUUCUUCAUGGAAGGAUGAUUCUGCGUGGAAUGACACUAAUGCACAGGUAAAUGAUUGGCCUACAGACAAUUGGCAAUCGACAGAUUCUGCCGUAGAAGCUGAACAGAUCGCAAGUGUUGAUUUUGUGAAAUAUAGAGCGUUGUAUGAAUUUGUUGCCAGAAAUCAGGAUGAAAUAUCAUUCCAACCAGGAGACAUUAUAAACGUGCCGAAGAUACAAAAUGCGGAACCUGGUUGGUUGGCCGGGGAGAUCAGGGGACAGACUGGUUGGUUCCCUGAAUCUUAUGUUGAGCCUGUAGAUGGUGUGGGCAUUUCUGGAGCAACUUCUCAGGAAUCUGCAAAUACUUUUACUGGUCUAUCAGACAACGCUCCCCUUGAGGGAAUAGCUGAAAUAUCGGAGACAACUGAAACAGUUGUCGAACCAACUAACUCUGAGAUCAUUUCGCCAUCAGUUCAACCAGAAACCAUCAUAGAUUAUUAUGUAGCUAACUACCCCUACCAAUCUCAAGAACCUGGAGACUUAACCUUCAAUGCAGGUGAUGUGAUAGCUGUGAUAAAGCAGGAAGGAGAAUGGUGGACGGGGAAGUUAAAAGAUAAUGUUGGGAUAUUUCCCAGUAAUUAUGUGCAGAAGGUCAACAACUCCACCUCUACAGCUGUUCAAGACCUUAGCCCUUCAGCUGUGAGCGCCACGACUGAAACUUCCCAGGUUGACAAUGAGGUAUCCCAAAUCAACGAAGCUAAGCAUAACGAAAUACCUUUCGAUUCUUCCAUCUCGUCUAAUGCACAGGUUGUUAGAACCAAAAAACCAGAAAUUGCUUCAGUAAUUGCCCCUUACCAAGCAACCAGUCAAGAACAGCUCUCUCUACAAAGGGGUCAACUAAUCAUGAUUCGAAAAAAGACUGAUUCCGGAUGGUGGGAAGGUGAAUUACAGGCAAAGGGCAGGAAAAGGCAAGUGGGCUGGUUCCCUGCCAGUUAUGUCAAAAUCCUGAACAGUAGUGGAAGAGCCAGUGGUAGGACCACUCCGGUUUCAACAACAAGGAUGCAACAAGAAAUUGUUUUAGAUAAAGUGAUAGCUUUGUACCCAUAUUCAGCCGGCAAUCCAGACGAACUUUCUUUCAAUAAAGAUGACAUAAUUAGUGUGACGGCCAGGGAAGAAGAGGCUUGGUGGAAAGGAGAAUUGAAUGGUGUAUCUGGCUUGUUUCCUAGUAAUUAUGUGGCACCACUCCAGCAACAAUCUCCAUUUCAUAGUGCAAACCAGAGGCAGGAGUGUAUUAGGGAGUUGGUUGAUACAGAAAGAGCCUAUGUUAAGGAUUUAAAAAUAGUAUGUAAAGUUUUUGAGCAGCCACUGAAGAAAAAUAAGAUUAUAUCGAACAAAGAUAUAAGUCGAAUAUUUUUGAACUGGGAAGAAAUCCUCAGAUGUAAUCAAGACUUUUUGAGAGACCUAUCAAGAAGGUUGGAUCAAGGUACCGAUGCUAUUGGUGACAUUAUUCUCUAUCAUCUACCUGAAUUUACUCCAUACAUAUCAUUCUGUACGAAUGAAUUAGACGGUGCAGAAUUACUCCAAAAAUUAUUAGAAAAUUCAACCACCUUCAAAUAUUUCCUAAAAAAAGCACAAUUAGAUCCAUCCGUCAAAGGAAUGCCAUUGUCGUCUUUUUUAAUAAAACCAAUGCAAAGAAUCACGAAGUAUCCAUUAAUCAUAGGAAAAAUUUUGGAAAAUACCGAUGAAAUCCAUAAAGAUCACAAACAUCUAAAAGAAGCUUUACAAGUGGCAGAAGAAUUUUUGAAUUGCAUUAAUGAGAAUAUAAGGGUUAAGGAAAAUUUAGACCGAAUGGAUUGGUUACAAAAAAAUGUACAGAACGAUUUGAAUUUGGUGUUCAACAGUAACACAAACAAGUUAGGUCCUCGAAAAUUAUUACACUUUGGUGUUCUCAGCAAGUUGAAGAGUGGGAAAGAGUUAAUAGCCUUUCUGUUCAAUGACAUGUUUUUAUUAGUACAGCCUAACAAAGCAUCUAAUGCACAGUUCUCCUUCCCUAAGGGCUCAAAUAAUAGUUAUAAGCUUUAUAGACAGCCUGUUUUGAUUCAAAACCUGUCGGUGAGUGUAAACAGUGCAGAUACUCUAGACAAAAAUACAGACUCAAAUAGAGUGCUCAAUGUUAUAGAUGAAUCUACCAAAUUGUCCUUCUUGCUACUAGCACCCACGGUAAAUGAAUGUAGUUUAUGGAUUAAAAGUAUAGACGCAGCAAAGCUGCUAUAUUCGAAAAUUUUCGAUCUCAAUAAUACCAAAUCGAAGAAAAUUAAAGGAAGUGGUGUAGUUCUAUCUGUAACCGUAUUAGAAGCCACUGAACUCAUGUCGAAUUUUUGGAGGUAUAACAAGAAUAAAUCACUGAAAAGAAAAGGAAAAAAUCACGUGGACAACAUUUUUUGCAAAGUAACUCUUGGUGAUCAAGAACUGAAAACGGAUAUCGCCAAAGAAUCCGCUAGCAACUCCGCAAAUGGAAACCCUCACAUUUCGUCCCUGAUUUGGAACAAUCCAAUGCAGUUUCAUCUGAAAAAUAUUCAUGACGAAGUUGUCACUUUCGAAGUUUUCGAGCUUAGUGCAUUCACUCCAGAUGUUUCUUUGGGUCGCUGUGAGUUGAGAAUCACAGAUAUUUUGAGAGAAACUGAAAAUUCCACUGGGCCAAUAAUAAAGAAACUUUUACUGCGUCAGGCUGAGUCUGGGGAACUAACUAUUAAACUAGACUUACAAUUGUUCAAAAAUUAAAGAAUACAAAUACUAAAUCUCAUAAGAUUUGAUUUAACAGUUCAAAUAAUGCUAGUGAUCGAAUUUUGUUAACAAAGCUUCCCAUUAUUAUUCUUUCCCAGUGAUCUCUAGUGAAACUUUCUACUUUAAAUGUACAAAUAUUGCAUCACAUAGCUGAAUGAUAUUCCCAUUCAUAUUUAUAAGUAUACACUUUAUAUUAUUUUUUUGUUAUUGAAGAUAUAAAUUCAAUAAUCAUUAAUCGAAAAGAAAAAUGUUUCAACUUGAAAGACAUUCAUCAAACCAAUGGAGAAUAAAGAGAUUAUUUCAAUCUCAAAUGAAUAUCAUACAGGUUCAGCUAAAACUUCCAGAAGGUUCCAAUAUAUUUUAAAAAUAACGGUUUUCUCAUUCCCUUGUUAUAUUGUUGAGUAGUAUGUAAUGAUUUAUAACUUUCUACUUUGACCAUGCUUAGAAUUUUGUGUGAAUUUGGCAUUGGUGUAGCAUCACAAAAUACGAGAAUUAAGCUGGCUAUUCACGAUUGAGCCAAUUCCGCACAGUAAGAUGGCUUGAG